CUUGUCUCCCCAGCUCCUUGUAAUCGCUGUACAGAGCGGAGCAGCUCCGGGACUACAUAACACAUGUGCGGCCACCGGGAGAAGAUGGAGCCUUCCCGGCCACUAGGCUCAGGAGCGACACCUGUGUGAGAGGCGCUGUGUCUGGACUUACCUGCUGUGCCUUGUGGAACGUGCGACGCUCCUAUCCUGCCGGACGGACAUGGCCUGGGUGAAACUAUUCCGCCGACAGGCGGGGGGGAACCUGGGGAAGGUCUACCAACCGGGCAGUGUUCUCUCGUUAGCCCCGACUAAAGGCUUGUUCAACGAGCCCGGCCAGAACAGCUGCUUCCUGAACAGCGCCGUGCAGGUUUUGUGGCAGUUGGACAUCUUUCGGCGCAGUUUACGUGGGCUAACUGGACAUGUUUGUUUAGGAGAAGCAUGCAUAUUUUGUGCUUUAAAGUCCAUAUUUUCCCAGUUUCAAACCAGUCGCGAGAAGGUACUCCCCUCUGAUGCCAUGAGGCUUGCUCUUGCUGAAAGCUUUAAAGAUGAGCACCGCUUCCAGCUCGGACUUAUGGAUGAUGCUGCCGAGUGCUUUGAAAAUAUACUACAGCGAAUUCAUUUCCACAUUGUGCCAAAUAGUGAGGGCGAUAUGUGCACUUCCAAAUCGUGCAUCACCCAUCAGAAGUUUGCGAUGACUCUGUAUGAGCAGUGUGUGUGUCGGAGUUGUGGAGCUUCAUCGGAUCCAUUGCCUUUUACAGAGUUUGUACGUUACAUUUCCACUACUGCACUUUGUAAUGAAGUUGAUCGAAUGCUGGAGAGACAUGAGCGCCUGAAGCAAGAGAUGUUUGCGGAGUUACUACAGGCUGCCAACACUGCAGAUGACUAUAGGAAGUGUCCUAGUAAUUGUGGACAGAAGAUCAAGAUUCGUCGGGUGCUGAUGAACUGUCCAGAGAUAGUAACUAUUGGUCUUGUGUGGGACUCUGAGAACUCGGACUUGACAGAAGACGUUGUUCGGAAUUUGGCUACACAGCUGUACUUACCUGGGUUAUUUUUUAGAGUUACUGAUGAAAAAGCGAAAGAAAGUAGACUUUACCUUGUGGGUAUGAUCUGCUAUACAAGCCGACACUAUUGUGCCUUUGCCUAUCAUACUAAAAGUGCCAGAUGGGUCUUAUUUGAUGAUGCGUCGGUGAAAGAGGUUGGGACCAAAUGGAAAGAUGUAGUCACCAAGUGCAUUCGGUGUCAUUACCAGCCUUUGCUACUAUUUUAUGCAAAUCCUGAUGGCACCGCGGUGACUACAGAUGAUGCUCUCAGGCACGUCAUGCACUGGACACCUUACAAAAGACUCUUCAACAAUGAAGACACUGCCAAUGAUCGAAUGACAUCGACAUCAAAAAAGCCAGAGUACAAUAGAGAUUGUGAUCUUGGAGAACAUAUAUAUCAGAACAGCGGUUGCAAGCAUCAGAAUGAUCCAGCAUUUAAUGGCGGCGCUCUUCAGAUGAGCGCUGGAAGGGGACCUGUUAAAUUAGGUCGUAAUGAUCCUCAGGAAAAAUUAAAAGAUUUGUCCAGAGAAUGUGCCCAAAGAGCGAAUAAUCUAAAAAGUGCAUCAUCUUCUCAAAGAAAGCCUUUGGAUAAAACGCAGAAGAAGGAACCUGCCAGGCCGAAAGAACAAUCCUCUGGAGCGGUAGUAUAUCCAUCAAAAUCCUUCUCUGGAACCCAACUGAAACCUGCAUCUUCUCCUACUAGAAAUGGUUUCAGGCAGUAUCCUGACCCUCACUUCUUCAGCAGUCAAGGAAGAGGGCCAUAUAAGCAGCCGAGAUCUGAACCGCAGGCCAGGCAUGUUUCUCCCUCAACUGCAGUGCAGUCCACAGUCCAUGAAUCCAGGCAGCUAAGUCGAGUGAAAAACAAUGCUUCGAAUGGCUACGAUACCGACAGCAGUCAGGAAUACAGAGAAAAGAUAAACGGCAAGAACAGAAAGCCCUGGAGACCCAUGCGAGAGACUCUAAACGUGGAUAGCAUCUUUAAUGAGAAUGAGAAAAGCCAAUCAAGCCCUCGGCAUAUAGCGCAGUCUAAUGGCAAACACCAGGCUGUCAAGAGUCAAAAUGCUAACCACUGUUCAAAAGAAAGUCCUAAGAAGAAAACCCUAAUGACCAUCUACGAGGAUGAAGUCAAACAGGAAUCGGGCAGCAGGAGUUCUUUAGAAUCUCUGGGGAAAAGUCAGACCGAGAGGAACAAACUCAAUUCCGAUUCCAAAAUGUACCAUCUUGACAGUUGGCAAAUGCAGAGAGCAGAGUCUGGAUAUGAAAGCAGUGAUCACAUCAGCAGUGGUUCAAGCAAUCUGGAUUCUCCAGUUAUUGAAGGAACCAGCUUUGCUGAUAUGAAGGGUCUUCAGGAAAGUCUUUGCAGUGACCAUCAGCAGCCAGGGAAUGGAUUUCUUUCUACCUCUCCACACAGUAGAAGUCCGUUAAAUGGUUACAUCAAAGAUUAUAAUGGCUUGGAGCGUAGUAGAUAUGAAGAUCGGUUAUCCCCAGUUCCUCGUGAGCCCUUGCAUAUGCACAGUCCAUCUGGUCAAAGGAAGCAAAUUGGUGACUGUAAAAAGGACAUUCGCUCACCUUCCCUAUCAUUACGUAAGAACUACACCAUGAAGCCAGAAGACUCCCAGAAGACUCAUCUGUCGCCCUGCUCUCCAGAAAAUUGUUGUCUUCACAUUGAGAACUCGCCACUGGGGCAGAUGAAUGGGCAGGCAUACUCUCCAGGCAGUCCUUCUGCAUAUAGGGUGCAGUACAUGAACACCCCAUAUUUUCCAUCUGAUGAAGAGCAGGACGGCUGCUGUGGAAAUCACCGUGACAAUUUACCUCCCCCUCUUCCUCCCAAAAAGUAUAUACGAAGCACUAUGCCAAGAACGGAGUUGGGUUUUGCACCGGCUGCACACCCGGACAUAUUGUCUCCUGUACAUUCAGUCAGUGCCGAGAAGCAUUCGCCUGGUGGUUUUAUCGGACCAGAUGCGGAUAUAGACUACUAUCCAAAGAAAGACUCCUAUCACAGCAGUGGUUUACAAAUACACAUACCAAACGUGUCUGGAUCUACAAUGUAUGACUGUCACUCAAAGAUGGAUCUGGAUCCCAUUUCCCAUGUAAAUGACACCGUCUCCCUCACUACCUACUUCUCUGUGGACAACUGUAUGACUGACACAUAUAGGCUGAAAUACCAUCAGAAGCCCAAAGUCUAUAUGACGGAAAGUACAGCUUUCCACAGGGAUCCCGGGCACUUACAAGUACCCGAGACAGUUACUGAGCCUUCUUACCACAGAAACCUUGAUAAUGCUCAUCAUUCACUUUCCAGAUUGAAGGCGUUUGGAAAUGUCCCAUGUAAUAGGUAGACCGACUACCAGGUUAGUUACGAGUCCCCUUCUGUGGAGGUUUCAUUUCUAACUGGUCAGUCAGAUAUUGUCCAGGGUUCAUUUAGCUACAUGGCAUUCGUGUUGCGAAAAGCUUGCACAUUUCCACAUAAAAUUAUGUGGUUGAUAAUCUAACCGCCCAUGAAUGUGGUUGUCCAGGAUUUGACUAAGAACAGUAGCAUGUAGAACAUUUAAAAAUGAAUAUUAUUCCCUGACAGAUCCCCCACGCUGGUCGUCCCCAGUCAGUCCUGCAGCAAUGACUUCAUCAUGGACGUCAUUCAAGUCCUAGACAACCCCUUUAACUACAAUGAACAUAUUACAUUGCUCACUUGGCACGUGCUUAUCUAUUGUCAUGUAUUAAUGGCCUUAAAUCUGCAGCCCCAUAAUAGGCCUAGGAAGUCGUAACCCAGCACUUCACUCCAGUUAACAAUUAACAAAGUGCUAACCGAACGAGAUUACAUGGGUCACGCGGGAGCAGGUAAUGGAAUUUGCACAUAGCGCAGUAGGUAGAAUGGUAUAAAUUGUACGCUAGUACGUGGCAAAUCGCCAACCUUUUGUUUUAAAUGGCAUAUCUCUUUUUAUAUUUUUACAUAAGGAGAAAAAAAAAUGUAUAGUAAAUUAUUAGUUGACAGACUGCGAUCUGUAUUUUUAAAGAUUCGUCCCGACUGCUGUUUUCAUUGAGCACAAAAUGAAUGAAACGAGGUCUGUGUAGUGCCGUCAAAGCUUUGUACAUGAGCUCAGUGACUAAUGGGUACAUUAUCAGCAUGGAUGUUGCUGCCACACCUGGAACAUAGAGGAUUAAGGGCAGGCCUUGCACAUGUCGUUUUAAUAUGUAUUUUGUAUAUGCACCGUUUUAUAUGUUAACACUCUCUAGAUCUGAAGCCUUUGUACAAAUUUCUGAACCAGAAAAAUAUUUGUAGUGCUAAUGUCGUACGAUUAGUUUCCAAACUUAUUACCAACCAUACAGAUUUUUUUUUUUUUUUUAUAUAUCAAUAGCCAUUAGUCUAUGAAGGUUAAGUGAAGCUCCAUCUUUAAUUAGCAUUGGCAGUGCAGUCAGCAAAUAUACAAUCUAGCAUUUUUUGUUAAACCACUUACCUUUUUCUUAUUAAUUUUUUUCCAGUUUAAUAAUUUUUUCUUUUUUUGUUACUGCCUGGUGAAGAUUCCCAGCGUGUCACAUUUUCAGAAUUUUCUGGCGACUGCUCAGGUAGUAGAAUUAUCAGUGUAUCAGGAAUUGCAACAAAUGUUGUUCCCGUGGGCACAUAAAGCCCGCGUGGGGCCUUUCAAACCAUGAGACAUGUAUGGUGCUUUGAUGAGGCACCGUAUUCUCCCCUACGAGCAACGUUUCUACAGAACACUUACACCUCUAACACCGUAUCAAUGAAUACUAUACACCUCUUGCUUACCAUAGUUUAUGACCGGAUGUGCCAUUGUAUAGGUUAGGCAGACCCACGGCCUAAUGAAUGCAUGAGGCUGUAGUGCUGUAAAGGUACCAAAUGGGGAGACUAAAGCUCCUUUCACAUGGGUCAUCCAUCCAAUGGACCGCAUCCGAGCUGAACACUGACACAUUCAUUUAAUUUUGUUUAUGCACAUGAUGCCGGAUUUACACAUGGUAAAUGUCACGCAGUUUAUUGAGAACGACUACUAGUACAAACCCUUAUUCCCGAUUGCCCGUGUAAGGAUGCCGCCGGACACCUGAUGAACGACCAAGGCGCUCAUUCAUCUGGUGAAAUCAUUUAUGCAGACAAAUAAGUCCUCGUUAUUUUGCCAGCAGAUUGUGCUAUUUAAACAGGUCUCUGCAGCCCAGAAAUAAUCUGUAUGGGGCGAGUGCUAGCAGUAGCCAUCGCAUCCAUGUGCGAUACGUUUCUCACCAAUGUUUGCUAGCAGAUGCUGUGCGCUAUUCUUCAGGGCUUUUUUUCAUGCUUGUAAAAAAAUUAUAACAAACGGUUGCAAUCCAGAGGGAAACACUGAAGCCAAUCGCAGACAAAACUGAUUCAAUAUGUAUGCAAAAUCAUCCAUCUUUCACACUUUCCUGAUCGCUUGUGUAAAAAAAAAAAAGCCAAAUUUUUCAAUAGCAGCUCAUUUACAGGUUUUAAGACCUUUUUUUUUUCUGGACUCUACACUAAAAAACUAAAACAAAAUAAACUGAAGGGAAGAAAAAUAAUUUAUUUGCUGACUGUAUAGUUUGGUCAAAGAUGAAGUUUCACCUGGCGCUCAGUAGACAUUGGUGAGGCUGCUAGGUUGUCCCUUUUUUAGCAUGUCCUUAUUCAUGAUGAUCCAGCUUUAGAGGGGUUCUCUGGGCCCUGAGGAAACUAGGGAUAGCUGGGCAUAAUCACCUCCCAGUUGACCUCAACAAAGUAGUAGGCAGGCCCAGCCAUUGAUUGGCCAGCAGUAGGGAUGUGGCAGGAGUCUGCAUGUCAUACUUCAGGCUGGGACCAGAAGGUAUGGAGAUGCCCUGCAGGAAUCACACCUUGGCCUGCCACCCCUAGCUUCGAAUAUGGAUGUAUUUUAGUGGAUGCAGUAACUCGGGCCUUGUGCAGAUUUACGAAACUGAGCUUAGAUCACCAUAGGAUCCUAUGUCUCAUUUAGAAAAGCAAGAGAGACUGGGUAUUGCAGUAUUAAGGCCACCCACCUUCCAACUUGACGGACCUGUUGCAGAGUUUUGUCGCAGUUGACUAUUGAUCACACUACCAUAACAUUUUAUGUACACUGAGUUUUUAUUUAUAUCUUUAACACUAGUUAGAAAAAAAAAUAUCUUCUGGAGCAGUAAAUGCACAUUUUAAGAGCCACUGACUCCUGGAUUUGACGCAGUUCAGAAAAUUGCGUGCAUUAGGUCAACCAGCCCUGUGUGGAACAGAACCCUUGAGUACGCCGACUGCUUUGAAAGCAUUGCCUGUGUAAAUUGUAUCUACACAGUUUCUUGAGAUACACUCCAGUGGAAGCAGUUUUAUUGAACCUAAGCUGAGAAUAUGCUCUUUAUUAUACCAGUUUUAUAAAUUUUAUUGAACUGUAUGUUGAGGACAAGUGACAACCUCUUCUUAUUUGUAGAAUGUGACCUCUUAUCUUUGUAUGGCUUUGCUUCUGUGCCUAAUAUAUAUAUACAUAUAUAUAUUUUGUGUUCUGACCUGAAAAUAUAGAUUUGUACUACAGGAAACUCUAUUUUGAAAUGGCUUGUAAUAUUAGAACAAUAUAUAUAUGUCGUAACAUUUCCUUAUGUUUGUGUUGAGUUUGAAAAUUGAACUGACUUGUGUUUCUUGUGUUUUUUGUUAUGUUGAGUUCGCAAUGUGUUUUUGAAUUUUGUUACAGAUUUUUUUGUAAAUUUUUGUACAUGGAGAGCAAGACAAUUAAUAUUGUGUUGAUAUAAAAAAACGUUAAUGUGCAAUAUUUAGUGUAAAAAUGCUUUUUAUAGAGUGAUUUACUAACCGUGUGAGCCUAACAGAAACUUUUUUUAUAUGGAGUAAUUUAAUCAAAAUAAUAAGAAUCAAGUUUAUCAACCUGUUUGAAUUAUGAGAAAUCCCCCCCCCCCCCAAAAAAAAAAGUAUAUUGUAUAGGCCAGAGAAUGUAACCCAAGGAUCUUUUUAUAGUUUUAUGCUGGUAAAGCGUUAUCAGGGAUUUAGAGUCAAUGUGAGCACCUUUUAUUCUUGAUAUCUAGCAACUGGCACACAGAGACAAGCACAAUAGUUUCUCCUCAGUAUGGUACAUAUAUCUAAUUUGCCUUCAUUUAUAAAGUUGGGCAGUGAUUUCACUACAACAGACUAUUUUAUAAUAAAAAGAUACUGGGCACUCUUUAACUAAUGGAACCUAAUAGUUUAAUAAAAUACAUCAUAUACACUUUAAUACAUUAAGCAUAAAAAUACGUAUAAUAACGAAAAAAAAUAUAUAUAAUAAUAAAAUAGGUUCCUUCACCUAUUGGUACCAAUAAGAAUGUGUGUUGGUAAAAUAAAAUGAAUGGCCUCUAGGUAUUUGGGGUGUAGAUCACUCCUUGAGGUAUGUGUCCUUAGGACGAAUGGUUUAAUAAAACCGCAAGAACAAGUGGUCGCAAUCAGAAUUGAUGCAGUGAUUAUAUUGAGCGGCGUCCCGCUGUUACUCACUGUUAAAUUCCUGCGUUAAGCUCCCCUGUUGUAAAAAGUCCUUUGAAUCAGGGAUUUCGCCGACAGUCCGCGGUUCCCCUGCUGUUUCUCUAGCGUCGCUCCGUAGAUGAAAGAGCCGGCGCUUAGAUGCUGUCACAGCCUCCUUUUCUCGCGCUGCACUCGUUGUGCUGGUGAGCGUGUUUAGAUGUUAAAAUCCGUUCCCAGAGAGUGCGCGUCAAGACUGUGGUUGCAGCAGCAGAGGUUCCAAUAAUGGCGGUAUAAUAGUCCUCGAUGUCCAAAUGUAACGGGGGUCCUGGCACCAACUAUUUUAUGAUUAGGGCUUGUAUGUUUUUAAAUAGCAAAAAUAGGGUUGGGUGGGAGCUACUUAUACUAAAGGGCAGACUUUGCACUAAAACCAUCAAGCACAUUGAGCACUAUUAACCAUCUUCGGCACAGAGAAGGGUUGUGCCCACCAACUUUCGCAGUAGGUUAGUUGCUGCUAAGUUGUUCCCAAGCUACAUGGUAUGGACAUAGGCAUAUACAUAGCAAGUGUUCUCUUUUACUACUCAAUAGCAUUGCUAGAGACAUUGGAAGGUAAAAGCAUUAUGUUACAAUAUUUGCCACCUACUUGUGCAUUGAUCAUAUAUUUUCUGUAUAAAGCCUUGAUAAGUGUCCACAUGUGAAGACAAUCUGAGAACAAAUGUGUUAGUAAUAAAUAGUUUUUUACAGA